UUGAAAAAGACAACGAAACACGGCUUACUUUAUAAGAAGCUAUACGAGUGCCUUCAUUAUCAACCACAAAAUGAGAAAAAAACACAAACAUAUCCUAAGCUUGAUGAUACUUGCAAUUGUAAAUGUGUCUGUAGCCUUAAAAAGAAGAUAAAAAAAUCAUCACAAUCUCCCAAAAACUCAUAUUAUCCAGAAAGUAUUGGUAGUGAAAAUCCACAAAUAGCAUUGAAAACUGAUUCACUUAAAGAAGCACAACUCUCAAACCAAAACUGCAAUACAUCAAUCGUCAAUGAAAAUCUAAAAACUGAGCCUAAAGAAUCUGAUGAUUUGAUGUUACAAAUGGAAGAAUUAUUUAAGGGUGAUCCAAAUGAUGAUGAUAUAUUUGAUAGCGCCCUUUGUGAUAGCAAUAAUACAAAUAACACUGAAGAAAUUAAAGCUUUAAAUGAAAUGCAAGUAAAUACCUCCAUACCAAUUGAUGCCUUACAAGAGCAAGCAAGUUGCCCAAAUGAAAGAUUAUCCUUGCUUAGUGGAGUACCAGUAAGCAACGAGACUAACUCACAAUGUACCAAAACCAAAAAUAAUAGAGUCAGCAAAUGGCUUUGUGAAGAAUAUUUUAUGAAAAUUAAAUUAUAUGAAUUGCUGGAUCAGAUCAGAGAUAGCGAUAGAAAGAAACUAGCUAGGAUUAAACAAAGACUAGAAGAACUAUUCGGUGAUGUUAGUGACGAUGAAGAUAUGGUGUCUCCAUUAGAUGAAUCACCUGAAUUAAUUAUGAGCUGCAAAGAAAGAAUCACACCAUGGGUUGUUAAAAUACUGACGCCAUAUUAUGUGAACGGACGAAUUAGAGGCAAAGCUCUGUUCAAGGCUUUAGCAAAACAUUUAAUUAAGCUAAUCUACCAAUGCAGUAAAUUUCCAUAUGAAUAUGAAGUUGAAAGUUUCAUUAAAGACUUCCUAAACAACCAUAGAAUGAUCAGAUGUGAGGCAGACUUCAAACAAUUCAAAAUAGAAAAUGUAUGA